CACAUUGCCAUUUCCAACCAACAUUCGUGCUUCAGCAAGCACUAAUUCGCCAAAAUGCCUCGAAAAGCAGUCUACGGCAAGCCAUCGCACCUAUAUUCCAGCUUUAGCAGUUUCCAAAGUCCUAUCAAACAACGAAAAAAUGAGCCAUCCUCUUUCGAAGUCAUUGAGGUUGCCGAAGAGCUCUCGAGGCUGACGGUCCAAACAAAAUUCUCGACCAAUGACGAGGAUGAAAAUCCGCCUGUGCGACAAGCUCUUUGUGAGAGAAUUGUUAACACUGAGAGGCCCAUCAAGCUGGCUAGGCAAAGAACAAUCAGCAGCGAAUCUGUGACUAGCACGGGAUCCAUUUCUCCAAGGGAACGAAAAACAAAAAAUGGAAAGCCCAAGAAGUCCCAGUCAGAGAAACGUCCAAAGAAACCCAUUUGCGACGAGACACAACCUACACCGUCAGCCAUGCCGGCCGAUUCUGCUGCAGAGGAACCUCAACCUGCAGCAAUCCCGUCGCCCUCGGAACCUACCAAACCUACAGAGACUACAGAUCCGACACCAACAGAGUCGACAGAGGCUGAUCUGGCUGCUCUGGAAAUUACCAAGCCUCGCAUCUCCAACGUCUUCACCAAACAUGCCUCAUCCCUAUUAUCGCUUUCUUCUCAGGACCUGACGUCUUUUUCUUCCUGGUCUGACCAACUUUCAUCGCACUUUGCAGUCACCAAGAUUGCCGAAGCUUCUUUUGGCGAGGUCUACCGUCUUUCUCUUCUCAAAGCGCAUUCCGCCCUGAGCAAGACAGAUGAAUCAGUACUCAAGAUCAUCGCUCUUAAGCCUCCGCCGUCAGCAAAGAGAAAGCUGAGCAAGGCAGCCAAAAAGCGAACGGAGAUGAUGAGCGAUCCUGUAGAUGUUGCUGCCGAAGUACGCCUGAUGCAGCGCAUGACAUGCACCCCUGGUUUCACAAACUUCCGCGAAAUUUGCGUGCUACAAGGCCGCCCUGGGGAUGCUUUUGCAACAGCUUGGUCAUCUUGGAACGAUUCGCAGAAGACCAAGGGCAAGGAGAUCAGUGUGUUCCCUGACCCCAGCAAGAAAGCAAGCUACUCUGAAGAUCAGCUAUGGGCUGUCAUCGAAAUGCAAGACGCAGGUACCGAUCUCGAGAACACCAAGGUCGCCAACGUGUGGCUUGCUUGGGACAUAUUCUGGGGAGUUGUACUGGCACUAGGCAAGGGAGAGGAAGCUGCCAGAUUUGAGCACAGAGAUUUGCACAUGGGUAACAUUUGUGUAUCUGGUCUUAACAACGCUGCACACUGCCGCGAGGCAGAUUAUGUUCCAGCAAGCUCAAACAGAAAACUCGACUUCACUGGCAUCGAAACAACUCUCAUCGACUACACCAUCUCACGAGCGGAAAUGGGUGUUUCUGUGAGCGCAGAAGGUGAGGAAGACGUGGCGUACCUCGAUCUUGAAAGAGAUCUGGCGUUGUUCGAGGGUGACGCCGAGGAGGAAUACCAAUACGAGAUCUAUAGGUAUAUGCGCUCUGCCAUGUAUCUGGGUGAGCCACUGGGUGAUCUCUGGGAGAGGUGGGACGAGGCCGAGGAGUCGGGAAGAACAUGGAAGGGGUACCAUCCACAGACCAAUCUUGUCUGGUUGCAUUUUGUCCUGCACAAGCUCGCCGAGCAGAUCGAAUGGCCCAGCUCGGGUAAUCACAUUCAGGACAGCCAGGCAGCACAAAGAGCAGAAGAGCUCGAAGCCGCUCUGCUCAAGGUCAACCAGCUACUGGACCCCGAGGAGAUGCCACAGACGGGCCUCAGAUCUGCCAGCGACCUGGUUGUGCUUGCUCUUGAUGAAGGGUGGCUGGACAAGGAAGACGUUCAAGGCAGGGAAACUGCCCCAGCGACAAAAACGACCAAGCGCAAAGCAAAGACCACCCGAUCUCAGCGAUGACGAAGUGCAUGAAUUUUGAUAGCGUUAGUUGGGCAGCGCGGAGUUUGGGGUCCAUUGUAGUGACUUGUACUUUCUUCUGAGAUAAUAACAAGCGUGUUUCUGCUC